AUGGCGGCGGUGGUGGUGGAAUCAUUCCAUGACCAGAUGGUGGUGCCGGUGGACGACUUGGUGGUGGAGGUGGGUACAUUCCUGGUCCAGCGGAUGGAUAACGUGGUGGCGGCGGUGGUGGCAUUCCUCCAGGGCGGUGGUGGUGGUGGCAUUCCUCCCAUUGGUGGUCCGAAUCGUGACGGUGGAGGUGGUGGUGGCAUUCCAGGCAUUCCUGGUGGCCCUGGCGUUCUUCCUGGUGGAGGAGGCGGUGGUGGCCACAUUCCUGUCGACGGCGGCGGUGGUGGACGUGGUGUCAUUCCUGGUGUUGGUGGCAUCGGCGGCAUCGGUGGCGGCAUCGGAGUGACACUUGGUGGGGGAGGAGGUACUGGAGGAUACUGUCCUGGAUAUCCGUUUGUCGGCAUUCCCAUCAAUGGCGGUGGCUGGUAUCCUGGGCGUCCUGUAGCAUGUGCAGCAAUGGCAGCGUGUACACCAGGAAUUGCGAGCGCCGCUGUUCCGUGCCGUUCUCCUUUCGAAUCUCUUUUGAAUGCGUAUGAAACUGUGAUUGCCCGAUUACACAAAAACUGUCCAUUCAUUGCUUCCAAUGCUGUAUCUGAGGCUUCGAAAGAGGCAAAAUUGAUGAAAGCGAAUCCUUUUGAUGUUCCCGAAUCAACGUCUCUCAUAAUUUUCGGAACUUGCAAAAUUACUCCGAAGGCACUGAAUGUAUCGUAUAGCAACUUUUCAUCGACUUCUGGAUCCAAGUUUCCGACGAAAAUCAAGACACGGCCUCAACGCUUCAGGACAUUGAGACAUACUUGCGAUGACUGCUUCUGCUACACCACAUUGAUCGAUAUCAAUAUCCGAAGGACUGAAACGAUACAAUUGAUGAAUUAUAAUAUUCUCAUGAAAACCUACUUGAACAAAAUUUCCGGCGUAGCGAAGCGUUCGACUCCAAGAACUAUCGAAGGAGUAUUGUCUGUUGGUUCUUUCGGAUCUUUGAGCGUGCAACUUCUUCGUCUUUUCUGUCCAUCUCCCCGACUGGUGUCCAACUUCUGUCAUACUCCAAUCGAUAAGAUCCGAGAUAUUCUUCUUUCUUCUCUUGAUAUCCCCAUUCGUUUGGUGCCAGCAUUGAAAAAUACUUAUCCAUGCUCCCUUGUUUCUGAUAUAGAUGAUAAAUACGGCCGGGUUGUUUCUGCAUAUUGCACGGUACGUUAUGAAGCUCCUCGUCGCGUUGAGCAUCUUCAAGGACUGCUCGAGCUGCCAUAUGAAGUUGUUCCAUUUGAUCUGCGAUUUGUUUCAGUCGAUCACACGCUCUUCCUUUUACUAAUUGUCGGGCACUAUUCAGUUGAUUGGCAAGGGCUACGAGGUCAUCAGCGUCGAUUUUAUCGGCUUCACAGCCUCGACCCAGUCAGAUCCUUCUGGGCGAUCAGCAACUUCCAAUGGAAGAUCACGAAGUCCAUCGAGCUCAUAGACUUUGUCUCCGAUUGGAACAUAUGUAACGAAGUGAUAAUUAUCUUCUGCUUCACCUCCCUUAAUGUCCAGCUCGAAAAGAGUUUGACGGGAAAAACUGUUGUGAACAGUGCGAAUCUCUUCACUAUUCGAAAGACAAAGACCGCGGGUAGAUGGGUCCAUGUCGAUCGCAAACUCUUUGUAUUGGCUCAAAAGUGGCCCGAGUUUCACUCCUGGAUCCUCCACGUUCAUUAA